CGUAACAGUUUUACGAGGGGACCAUAAAUGCAGCACGGGGAUCAACCUGGAGGAGAGUAAAAAAGAAACUCCCGUCAACCGAAGACAAGUUCCCGCUACGAUGGGACUUCCCGGUUCUACCGCGCAGCGCGGAGCUUUCUUUACUGCUCGAGUUCAUGCCAGGGAACUACUUUAAACCGGGGAUCGGUUGACGUGUCCGUUCGUUGAUUCGGUUGAGACCCAAGUUCUGCUUUUGGUCGGAUGGAAAGUGAGUGAGACAGUUUGGUCAGACAGACAGGUUGGUUUAACGGCUCGUCCCCCGGUGGUUCAAUGUCCAACGGGAACGGCACCGAGGAGCUGGACUUCAGGCUGGUGUUUGAGGAGGACGCGCCAGGUCCGGGUCUUAACGCGAGGACCCCGUCCUCUUCCACUCUGGUGGAGCAGCUCGUCAGCCAGGAGCAACAAAGUUUCUCCUACCAGCCCGCCGACUACCAGUUUCAGGGUCCCCAGUACGGUGGCCAGGGGAACCCCAGAACUUUUGACUGCCCAAGCAUUCAGAUCACCUCCAUUGCGCCCCACGGUCAUGUGGAGCCCGCCGCCAGCCCAGGAGCUUUGGCGGGGGUCGGGGCAGAAGGGGGUUACCCCGAGGCCUCCUGGUCCAGGGGGCAGCUCUACCUACCACUUGACCCCUGCUACCGGGACCCGGCGCUGUGCCCGAGUCCCUGCAGCAGCCUCUCCUCCAGGAGCUGGUUAUCCGACCUCUCCUCCUGCGAGUCCUUCUCCCACGCCGCCGGCGAUGGGGAGGUGGAGCUGCGAGACGCCGCUCACCUCGCCCUGGGGUUGCCUCCGGGCUCGCCGGGCUGUGGGGGCGGGGCCUUCGGGGUGGAGCUGUGGCAGCAGAAGUACCAGCAUCCCUCGGCUUUCAGUCCGGUGUUGUCGCCCCACCAGUCGCCCUGCCACUCGCCCCACGCCAGCGUCACUGAGGAGAGCUGGCUGGGCCGCCGGCCCGCCUCACGGCCGUCGUCCAGGCCGACGUCGCCCUGCGGGAAGAGACGCCACUCUGGCACCGACCGCCAUGCCCGCUCACCCUCCCCCCACCACUCCCCGACACCGGGCGCUUCCCCGCUGGGCAGCGUGACGGAUGACACCUGGGCGGGGAGUCCCGGCGGCGCACUGGGGUCCCUCUUGAUGUCCGGCUACCAGGAGCUGGACGUCCCGUCCAAGACCAGGAGGACGUUGGGGGCCCAGCUGGGCCUGCUGGCGGGUCAGGGAGACCCGGGCCUGGAGCCCCUGCUGGACUCCCCCGGCGUAGAGGCGCAGGAACCUGACGACCUGGCAGAUCUCUUCCUUCAGGUGCCAUCCCACUUCAGCUGGAACAAACCCAAACCCGGGAACCCUCCUCUGUUUAGGAACUCGUCCCCCCCCCCCCUGGACUGGCCGCUGCCCGACCAUUACGACCAGUGUGAGCUGAAGGUGGAGGUCCAGCCCAGGUCCUACCACCGGGCGCACUAUGAGACGGAGGGCAGCAGGGGGUCCAUCAAGGCGGCCACUUCAGGACAUCCUGUCGUCAAACUGAUUGGACCUGGCGAGCAGCCGCUCAACCUGCUGCUGUUCAUCGGCACGGCGGACGAGCGCUUCCUGCGGCCUCACUCCUUCUACCAAGCGCACCGCGUGACGGGGAAGACGGUCACCACCGCCUGCCACGAGCGCAUCAUGGGGGGCACCAAAGUCCUGGAGAUCCCUCUGCUUCCGGAGAACAACAUGGCCGCCAGCAUCGACUGCGCCGGCAUCCUGAAGCUGCGCAACGCCGACAUUGAGCUGAAGAAGGGCGAGAUGGACGUGGGCCGGAAGAACACGAGGGUCCGCGUGGUGUUCAGGGUCGGCCUCCCGCAGCCGGACAACCAGGCGCUGUGGCUGCAGACCGCGUCCUCCCCGGUGGAGUGCUCCCAGCGCUCGGGCCAAGAGCUUCCUGUGGUGGAGAGCUUCAGCCCGCCCAGCUGCUCGGCGGACGGAGGGGAGGAGCUUCUCAUCAGCGGCUUCAACAUCUCGGCGCAGUCCAGGGCGGUGUUCAUGGAGAAGGGGCCCGAUGGACGCUCGCUGUGGGAGGCAGAGGCCAGGGUGGUACCGGAGAAGAGCGGCGCAUCCAGCAUCGUGGUCGAGGUUCCUCGUUACAACAAGAAGACCACCGACCUGGUCCAGGUCCAGUUCUACGUCUCCAAUGGAAAGAGAAGAAGAAGUCUGACGCAGAGCUUCACCUUCCUGCCCGGGGUCAGACGCUGCCCCCCCCCCACCGGCGGAGUCAAACAGGAGCGCUGGGACCCGAGCCACAUCUCACACAAUCCACCUGGCUUCGACGUGGUUUACUAUGACCCCUGUGACCUCCCGGUGCAUUGUAGGCCUUCUUUUCAGAGCCUGCCUCGUCAGCAUCACCCCUCCCCUCCCUCAGUAUUUCCUCAAUCCUUCUCCCAGCCUCCUCAGACCUCCUCAGUCCCCCUACAGACCUUCACCUCCCCCCAUCAGACCUCCUCCGGUGAGCCUCAGAAGGAAAACCCCCCAAAAACCCCGUCUCUGAGCUCCAGAAAAGUCUUUGUGACCCCCUCUAACCCCCGAAAUGAGUCGUUCCCCGACUCUGGAGGGGCGGCAGGCGUGAAGCAGGAGCCGGACCAGUGUCCCGUUCUGGGCUCCUUGGGCCUCCAGGAGAUCACGCUGGACGACGUGAGCGAGAUCAUCGGCAGAGACAUCGGCGUCCAGCUGGACCACGUGGACCGGUGCCACCAGUACGACUGGGAGCACGAGCCGCCCGCAUGAGCUCGUGGAGACUUUGUUGCUGGUUCGCCAAACCUCAAGUGCCUGAACAGCCAAUCAGAAGCCUCCGAUGACCUUUUUAGUUUAUGGAGCUGUAGAAACGUGUCGUAAAGCUUGAAGUAAAAAGACGUGUGUGUGUGUGUGUGUGUGUGUGUGCGUGAGUGAGAGUGUGAGAAACACACAUCACUGAAAUAACUUGUUUCAUUACAUAAAAAUACCAUAUUUUACUUUCA